AUGAGCUGUAAGAAGAACAGGUCACAGAAGGUCUCAUUCGAUGAAGAGAGUAAUAGGAAGAUAGAUCAGUAUUUCUCUCCAGUCACUAAAAAAGAAGAGAAUAAUUCCAAUAUUCCUCAAAUGAAGAUGGGCUUGAGGACGGGCUCUAGAAAAUGUCCAAGAGAUAUAACUAACACCCAGGCUCAAAGAUCCCAAUUGCUUCAGGAAAAUCCAAAAGACCAGGCCACUCUUCCAAAUAAGAUAAUUAUCAUUACCUUGGCUACAAACCACAGGGACAAUGAAAACAGGAAACAUAAGCUCACACAUAGUGAGAGAGAUAGCUUAUAUGUGGCACUCAACACUCUUGAGGCUUUCAAAAAAGAGAGAGAGAUUCAGCAAGGCAAAGAAGUGCUGGUGCGUGGCAUACAAGGAAUUGAAGGGUACAUAAACCUUGGAAUGCCCCUCAGCUGUAUUCCUGAAAUGUCUCACCUGGUAAUUACAUUUGUCCCAGGUAGAAGUAAACAAGGUAACCAGGUACUUUGUCGGCAUGACGAAACAAUUUCUACUGACGUUGUCAAAUUUUAUAUUUAUGCAAUUGGGAAGGGGAAAAAAAAGAUUGUUAAGCACAACAGACUUCACAAAAAGGUCAAACUCUGUAUCUAUGCUUUCAAAGGAGAAACCAUCAAGGACGCACUAUGAAAGGAUGGCAGGUUUCUUUCCUUUCUGGAGAAUGAUGAUUGGAAACUUAUUGAGAACUUGGACACUAUUGUAGAAAGCACACAGCUAGUUGAUGACUUCGAGGGCAAGCUCUUUGAGGUUGAAAUUGAGAAAAGAACAAGCCACAGGGCAGCAACCUCUCAGAAUUCUGAGUCAAAGCAAAGACACACCAAUGUGUCGAGAACACACAUUGUGGACCAGUAUCCCAGUUUAGAAAGACAAAGUGAAAAAAUCGGAAAAGACUUCCAGGAAGAAAUGAAAGAAGGAAGGAAGGAAAAGUCAUUGUUUAAUCUUCAUAAAGAAAACUUUGGGAAACUAGUCAGCAACUCUACCACGAUGAAAGAACACAAAGAUUUUUCUCAUUUUGGUCAAUCAGUUGGGUACAUAUACUGGGACAACAAUGGAAACAAAGGUAGUGCCACCUGCUUUGUUUUUAGAGGAUUGUUCGUUUUAACUUGUCGGCAUGUAAUAAACCUCAUUGUAGGAGAAGUAGAGUCAAGUAAGUGGGCAGACAUAAUUAGUCAAUGUGCAGGGGUGACAUUUGCUUAUGAAGAGCCCACAGAGCAAGAAAAGAACGGCUUUUUCUUUGAAUCUUGGUUUGAGGUGUCUGAUGUCACUGUUGAUUAUGCUGUUCUAGAACUGAGGGAAAAUGGACAACCAGUGCCUUUGGGACUAUAUGAUGGAAUUUCUCCUGUGCCACUUAAUGGGUUGUUACAUAUUAUUGGCCAUCCAGAUGGAAAGGUAAAGUCUACUGAUACUUGUCUUGUGAUCCCUCUGGGUCAGCGAGAAGAAAAACACCAGGAACAUCUCCAAGCUAGAAAAGCAGAGGGUUACAAUAUGCGGUAUGUCCAUAUGCGCACUGAGAAAAGUUUCAAGAAAAUAGUUGACAACCCUGAUGUGAUUACCUAGGACACCACUUUUUACUUUGGGUCUUUUGGUUCCCCAGUGUUUGAUUCAAAAUUUUCAUUAGUGGCCAUACAUACUGCUGGCUUCACUUAUGAGUACCAAAAUGGGUUUUCCAGUCUCAUUGAGUUUGGUACUACUAUGGUAGCUAUCCUCCAUGAUAUUAAACAAAAACAUGGAAUGUGGUAUAAGGCAGUAUGUAUAGAUCAGCAGGAUGUAGAAAUGGUGGGUGAUGAGGAUUGA